GUAAUGCGCCUGCAAGCUGGUUUGCCAACCGCCACUGAACACCAAAGAAGAAGAAGUACAACGUGUAUCAGCUGAGCUGGCUGAUGUGAAAACUCUAAUUCAUAUUACGUGAUUUUAGACCAUAACCAUAGAUUAUUGGGAUGGAGAAUGACACUCUCGUCUCUCUUGAAGAUUUAGGGUACCAAGGCCCUCUGUUGGAGGAAGGUGCUCUGGAUCCUGCUGUGAGCAGAGGAGCAGCUUCACCUGAGUUUACUAAGCUUUGUGCCUGGAUCAUCUCAGAGCUUAGACUCUACUGCAAGUUGGAGGAGAAUGUCCACGCCACUAACUGUCCGAGCGAGGCAGAGGCCUUCCAGCUGGAGAUGAGCGGCCUGCUUUCGGAGCUCGUCUGUCCUUACUCUGUCCUCACCAGCGGAGACCUGACCCAGAGGUUCCUCAACAGGACGGACUGUCUGCUGCUCCUCACCUUUCUAGUGUCUGAGUUGGAGGCGUCGAGGAUGAUCCUGGUUAAUAAGCCUGAAAAGAAAACCCAGGAUUCAGGCAGCCCCAUGUUCCAGGAACUGAAGGGCAUCUGCAUGGCACUGGGCAUGUCCAAGCCUCCAGCCAACAUCACCAUGUUCCAGUUCUUCAGUGGAAUUGAGAAGAAGCUGAAAGAAGCCAUGAGUAGAGUCCCAGCCAAUCACGUCGGAGAGCCUUUGAUGAUGAAGGCCCUUGGACCUGUGCAUGUGGAAAAAAUUGAAGCAAUAAACCAAGCACUUGUAAAUGAGUAUGAAGUGAGAAGGAAAAUGUUGUUGAAACGUCUUGAUGUCACAGUGCAGUCUUUUGGUUGGUCUGACAGAGCAAAGACGCAUGCUGAAAAGUUGGCCAAUGUUUACCAGCCACUACGUUCUGCUCUUGGCACCAAAAGUAAAAUCACUGUUGCUCACCUUCUUGCUACUCGACAAGACUUCUCCAAGAUUCUCCGUACAAGCAGUGGCAAGAUCAGGGAGAAGACUGCUUGUGCCAUUAAUAAGGUUCUAAUGGGCCGAGUGCCAGACAGGGGAGGCCGGCCCUGUGAGAUCGAGCCUCCUCCCCCAGAGAUGCCCUCCUGGCAGAAGCGUCAGGAUGCUCCCCAAGGCGGAGGACACUAUGGUGGGAGUGGGCACGGAGGUGGCAGGGGGGGCUACGAUCACCAAGGUGGCCGUGGAGGAUAUGAGAGAGGAGGCGGAGGAGGACAUGGAGACAGGGGAGGUAGAGGAGGAGGAGGAGGAGGAGGAGGAGGUGGUGGUGGUAGAGGGGGGAAGGUGCAGGGAGGCUGGGGAGACGGAGGUGGAGGUGGAGGAGGAGGGAGAGGCGGUUACAACCAGGGCCACUAUCAAGAUGCAGGAGGUAAUCAGGGGGGAGGAGGGAGAGGGGGCUACGGAGGGGGCGGGAACAACCAUGGUGGCUUUCAGGACUCUGGCUACCAUGGAGGAGGAGUAGCAGGAGGAGGAGGAGUAGUAGUAGGAGGAGGAGGAGGAGGAGGAGGAGGAGGAGGAGGUGGUGGUCACCAUGACAAUUACCAACAAGAUGGAGGCUGGCUUCAGGAGAGAGGAGGGGGUCGAGGAGGUCGUGGGGGAAGGGGCAGAGGAGGCAGAGGAGGAGGAGUAAGUGGAGGUGGAGGAGGACAAGGAGGACAAGGAGGAGGCUGGGGAGGGAGAGGGGGCCAGAAUUUUAAUCAAGGAGGACAAUUUGAACAGUUCUUCCAACAUGGCGGGCAGCACUACAACCAAGCUGGCUUUAAUCAAGGCAGACACUACACUAGUUAAAGACACAGUGAGGGGCAUCGCAGCAGAGUCCACUCAAAGAUCGACUCCUUGUCAUGUGUGAACAGAUUUUUAAAUGCCUUAUCAUCUGAUUUAGAAUUGUCAGCAUGGAUAAAAGUUGACGAAGAUGUUAAAUGAGGAUCCUGGAGAUACACACAGACACCUUAUACACUCGGUACAGGUUUUUGUUUCACUACAGAGGGCAGUUCUAAUGUAGUCCUUUGCUUUUUCAUACUGGUGUGUUAAUGUUUUCUCUGCCUCCUCAAUAUUCAACCAACAGCUCUGCUAUAAAUGGUUAGUCGAUUAGUUGGACUCUGCUGUUUUGACCUCAUUUUGACACUUUAUCAGCCUUAUCUUGGACAUGUUUUUGAAAGACAGGAAAGAGUUCUAAGAUUUCAGUAUUGGUCCACCUACUGUGUAUUUGACAUUAGAAUUGCACUCUUGAAAUCCUUAAUAGUUUAAUUGAAUUUGAUGAUUACUUGAAAACGGCUUCAUCUUUCCAGUCUUCAUUUUGUUUCAGUAGAUUUGACUGGAAUCUCCUUUGUUACUUAUUUAAAAAUGUCAUCUUGUACUGCUCAUGGAAGAUUGUGUGCAUACAAAUAUGGAUGUUGGAAGGUUUGCAUGGGUGUGUGAAUGAGCAAUAAAAUCUGAAAUGAGAACAUUA